UCCUCGUCCUCCUAUCGGUUCUCGGACUUGGAUUCAGCACCCGUGGACUCGGAUAUGUACGAUCUGCCCAAGAAAGAGGACGCCUUACUUUACCAGAGCAAGGGCUGUAAUGACGAGUACUAUGAGGAGAGUUACCUGACCACCAGGACUUCCGGGGAGGCCGAUUCUGUGGGUACAUCCAAGGGCUUCCGCCAGCCGGUGACUUCACUCUUAGAUGCUGACACCUUCCAUCACCAGAUGCGUGAUGACAGUCUUUUCUCUUCUUCUGAAGAGGACAGCAAGGAUAGGGAACGCCCCGUGUAUGGCCGGGACAGUGCCUACCAGAGCAUCGCACACUACCGCCCCGUUUCCAACAUCUCCAGGAGCUCCCUGGGCCUGUCCUAUUAUCCUACAUCCUCCUCCACCUCUUCUGUGUCCUCAUCUUCAUCUUCCUCCCCUUCAUGGCUCACCCGACGUGCCAUCCGGCCAGAAAAGCAGGCCCCUAGGGCCGGUCUGGGCCAGGAUCGCCAGGUCCCGCUCUGGGGCCAGCUGCUGCUUUUCCUGGUCUUAGUUGCCUUCCUCCUCUUUGUUUACUACUCCAUGCAGCUUGAGGAGGGCAACCCCUUCUGGAUGGAUCCCUGAGGAUCUUGGCUUCGGAGCCAGGUCUUCUCAGAAGUCCUGGCUGACUGCUUCGGCAGUGUUUGAUGGGGGUGGGGGGUGGGGGCUUUGCUUUGUGUUCUAGCUUGGAGGGGCCUGGGCCCAGCCCAAGGCAGUGCUUGUUCUCCCUGCCUUGUCCUGCCAGGGAGGCAGCAGACUCAGGCCCUCCAGGGUAUGGUGGUCCUCAGCUUGCCUUCCUCUGGAGCCUCCUGGCCCUGCUUGCCUGUGACCCUUAAGGCCUGAGAGGGCAAGACCUCACUCCUUCAGAGAAUAUGGUUGUUGUCAUGCAUGCCUCUUGUUCAUUGUCACCUUGUUGGCCAAAGGCCACCCUUUGUUUUCGUGGACACAAUAAAAAGACCAUUUAUUUUUAA